ACGAAGUUAAGUGCCUACAAUGAAACCUCAGGACAUUAUAAAGGAAAAGAGCAGCCUGUGGAUAUUUGGCUAUGGCUCCCUAGUGUGGAAACCCGAUUUUGAAUACAAGAGAAGAAAAAUAGGGUACAUUAGAGGAUACAAGAGACGGUUCUGGCACGGAGAUGACUUUCAUCGAGGGGACAAGGAAAAGCCAGCCAGAGUUGUCACACUAAUAGCAGAUGAGGAGGCUUGCACGUGGGGCGUGGCCUAUGAAGUGACCGAGUGCCAGGUCGAAGCGUCUCUUCAGUAUUUAAACAUGAGAGAGGUUGUCCAGGGCGGGUACAUAACAGAGAUGGUGGAAUUCAUCCCUAAAGACGGUCAUGGUUCAGUGUUGUCCCUUGUGUACAUCGCCACACCUGACAACCCCAUGUACCUGGGGCCGGCCUCGGACGUGGAGAUUGCCGCCCAGAUUGCCAUCUGCAGAGGCAACACCGGCCGCAACAUUGAGUACCUGGUCCGCCUUGCAGAAUUUAUGAGGCACCACUGUCCGGAGGUGGCGGAUGAGCACCUUUUCUCUAUCGAGACAGCUGUUUUGAACAUUUUCAGCAACUGCAGAGAGCUCAGAUCCAACGACAGGAAAUCCCUGCUGCUGGAAGUUAUAUAAAGAGUAAACUCCGCUUUUUAUGAAAAUAAAUUUCCAUUUUAGUGGAAAAACAAAUUAAGUCUUGGUAAAUAUUUCAAGGGUAAAUGGUGCUUAAAAAGGAAAUACUUUAUUUGGUUUCAACUAAAAGGGAGAAAACUAUCUCAUGUCACUCGGAAAUCUAUGACAUUCUCAUCUCAUCUCAUUUUUCAACUGUACACUUUAAUAUGCAGGCGAUUCUCAUUGUAUUUCAUCUUGCACACAAAAAUCAGCAGGUCAUGUUUUUAAGAUUCCACACUAUCCACAGAUAAGGUCUGACAUUUUUACGAUAUGUUAAGAUAUUGUAACCUUGUUAAUAUUAUGAAAUGUUAAUGCACAUUUUGUAAAUAAAGUUUUUGAAUAAAAACAUA